AUGUGGGCGCCGGGCGCCCCCGCGGGCCGGGACCGCCGCAGGGUGGGCGCGCGGCUGCGCGCGGCGCUGGCCGGGCUGCAGGAGCUGCGGGGGCUGCGCGCCGCGCACCAGGCGCGCGUGCGGGGCGCCCUGGCCACGCAUCCCCAGCGCGGGGCCCCCGACCCCCGCGGCGCCCGCGGCCCGGAGCUGCGGCUGGAGGCGACGCUGGCCGCCCUGCAGGAGCAGCUGUCCCGGUUGAGACGGCAGGAUGCCGGCCUAAAGACCCACCUGGACCAGCUGGACCAGCAGAUCAGCGAGCUGCAGCUGGAUGUGUGCCGGCCGGCCUGCGAAGCCCUGGACAGCGACAGCAGGCCCAGCUCAGGCUUCUACGAGCUGAGCGACGUGGGCUCCUGCUCCCUGUCCACCUCCUGUGCCUCUGUGUGCAGCGACCGCCUCUCCCCAUCUCUGGGCAGUUGGCUGCCUGUCUUCCAGCCCUCCAAAGCCAGGCCCGGCAUGGGAGACUGGCGGCCCAGGUCUGCAGAUGAGACCACGGUGCCAGCCUGGAGGCCCCAGCUCACCAAAGAAGGCGCCAGGCCCUUGGACAGAACUGAGGACGCAGGCCAGCCCUGGGAAGUGUUCCGGCCCAGGCCGGUGUCUACAGGUGACCUUGAGAGAGUGUUCCCAGUUGACCUGGGGCUCCACGACACUGGCCCAGACAACACCUCUGCCUCCUCCUGCCAGGGGAUAGACGUCCCCUCCCAUGCCCUGGACCCCACGUACCAAUGUGACCUGGUGGCCAGGGGCGGCCAGGAGGUGUACCUGUACCCCAGCCCUCUGCACGCCGUGGCGCUGCAGAGCCCCCUGUUUGCUCCCACUAAGGAGACCCCGCAACCUGUCAGCCAGUCACCCCCCAAGACGCCCCCUUUAAGCUCCCGAAGUCUGAGUGGGACCCAGGCUGGGCCCGCUCACGAGCCAGGCACGGCUGGGGCCUACAUCAAUAGGCUGCUGAAUCUGAGGGGCCAAAGGGUCCCCCAGAGGGGUGUUGUGGGGGUACAGGGGCCCCCGAGAUGCAGCACAUCCCCCUCCCCACAGCAGCUAGCCGGCCAGCCGUCAGGAAGUGGUGGUCGGCCUGAGAAGCCGGGGUGCACCCCAGGAGAGGGUGCACACAGGAUGGCGCGGGGCAGGGCUGCCGGCAGAGACGGCCCCGGGCAGCAGGGGCUCGGGUCCCCCACGGACUCCCUCUCCUCCGACAGCCCCCCAGAGGACAGGCCCAAGCCCUGGGGUUGCUCUGUGGACGGGGAGCCCACGGUGGGCCCCUCGGUCUGCGCCCAGGCUCGGCAAGGCCAUGACGACCGAGGCCCCGGCCGCGCCCCAUUGCCCUCCGCGGAGAGGAGCCACGGGAGCCCUCCUCUGCCUCCGGGGCCCUUGGUCCGCCCAGCCCGCGCUGUGGGUGACGCGUGCCCAGUGCUGCCGGCCGGCCUCCCACAGCCCCCGGCCAUGAGUGUCAGGAGCAGGGCCGGAGACGGGGUGCCGCGGCCCGGGAGGCCGCUGCCAGCACUGCCAGAAAGACACUGGGGCUUCCAUGCCGGCCCUGCGCUGCCCCCGGCGUGGGGCCCCCCGCACAGACCCCACGGUGGGGGCCCGCGGAGGAGGCCCGUGCUGGCCAGGGAGGCUCCGGGGCGGUCCUGCUCCGAGUCCACCCUCUACCCUGUGCCCCUCUCCGUCCCCCUGGUGGUGGCCCCCCAGGAAGGUUACCAGGACACUUCCCACGCCUUGUUCCUGGGGGAGGCUGCGCCCCUCGGGGCGGCCUCCAGGAGAAAGCAGCGCCGGUGGCGGUCCACGGUGGAGAUCUCAGCUGGGGGCCUCCCUGCCAGCCGCCCGGAGCCCGACACGGGAGCCCCCCGACCCAGGUCCAUCACAAGGAAAGCAAAUGGUCCCUGGGACCAGAGCAGGCCCGCGCUGGCCCGGCAGGAUGCCUGUGCCAGGGGCGAGUCGGAGCCCUGGGAGCCCUCGGCUGAGGGCGCCCAUCAGCGCCCCUCCACCAUCGCCGAGACCAGCGAGGAGGAGGAGGAGGAGGACGAGGCGGCCAGUGACCACACCACCAACUGCUUUGGGGACCAGGAGUCCAGCAGCAGCGAUGUGGACUGCUGCGUCCAGAGCAGCAGCAGCAGCCGCCCAGCCGGCGGGCCCGGGGCCGUGGGGGGGGGGCCGGCCUGGCCUGGGGAGGCCCCCCUACCCCUCCCGAAGGCCUGGAGGGGGGCCAGGCCGCCCCUGCCCCCCAUGCCCAAGCUGUGCCGCAUCAAGGCCUCCAAGGCCCUGAAGAAAAAGAUCCGCAGGUUCCAGCCCACAGCCCUGAAGGUCAUGACCAUGGUGUGAGCAGCGCGCCUGACCGGGGCACCAGACGUGACCCGGGCUGCGUGACGCCCAGUGUGAUGCCCCGCACGAGGGCCCGCGGGGAGAGGAUCAGCUCGAGUGCCCCUGCGGACCGGCGUUGGCGUCCGGAGUGACCCUCUGAGGAGCCCCAGGGGCGCCGGCCCCGAACUUGGCUGUGAGCUCUGAGGGCCCCACCCUGGCUGAGAUGCACAACCCAGCAGGACGGGGUGCAGACUUCGUGUCUGGGGGCUGGCACCUUCCUGCCCAGCCAUCCAGGCCAGCCCUGACCUCCAUCCUGUCUUACGCCCCGGCUGCCGGUCUGGGGGCCGGGCUCCAAGUCCUUAAACCACCCACCCCAGCCCCCCGAAGCAUCCCCUCCGCACACGGCCUGAAUUCCCAUGCCAUGCUGUGGCCAGCAUGAGUCUGCAAAAUAAAAGUACCUGCUAUGUG